CAGUAAGGAGAGGAAAAAAAAAGCUCUGCUGUCUGCAUCUCCUCCCCCCCCCCACCCAUCCCUCUGGAGAAUCUCCUAACUGGAAACUGUUCGGAAGAACGUUUUCAUUGGGAACUGUGCUGGAGCUCCUGUCUCUGGGGUGAAGGGAGGUCGGAGGGAAGGACUGAAGGUUGGAGACUGUCGGUGACACUACUUUCUGAUGCUUGAAGCAGCGAGGGACUGGGAAAUCCACUGCCUGAGCAAGAGUUUCUGCUGCAAAUGAGUUGCUGGAGGAAUUAAGUCCUCGCUCACCGCGGCUCAGCCUAGCCAAGGGCUGUGUGAGCUCUGCACGCCUGUCUCUGCAAAACUCCCCCCCAACCCACCCACCUCCCCAAGCUGAUAAGUGAAGAGAGGAAGCUGAAACUUUGACGGAGUUGUUCCUGUUCCACCUCCCAGUCUUUGAACUCUCUCUCUCUCUCUCCUUCUCUCCCUCUGUGCCUGUCUCUCUCGCAAUUCUUUCUGCAUCCUCCCGAAUGGCGAGAUUUAAAGACAGAUUUCCAGGAUCUGUCCUGCUCACCCUUCUUUUCCAUGGAUUUUGCACCCACGCGUGCCCCAGUCGCUGUGUCUGCUCUGGAUCCAACGUGGAUUGUCAUCAUUUGGGAUUAAAGGCUGUCCCGAGAGGAAUACCCAGGAAUACUGAGAGACUUGAUCUGGACAAGAACAACAUCACACGGAUUUCAAAGAUGGACUUUGUUGGGCUGAAGAAUCUCCGGGUUUUACAUCUUGAGGAGAACCAGAUCAAUGUAAUUGAAAGAGGAGCCUUUCAGGAUCUGAAGCAAUUGGAAAGACUGAGGCUCAACAAGAAUAAACUCCAGGUACUUCCUGAGCUUCUCUUCCAAGGCACCCCCAAGCUCUCCCGGCUCGACUUCAGUGAGAACCGAAUCCAAGCUCUUCCCCGUAAAGCAUUCCGUGGUAUUGUUGACAUCAAGAACCUGCAGCUGGACAAUAACCACAUAAGUUGUAUAGAGGAUGGAACGUUCAGAGCCCUGCGUGACCUGGAGAUUCUGACUCUCAACAAUAACAACAUCAGCCUUAUCCCAUUGACCAGUUUCAACCACAUGCCAAAACUAAGGACUUUGCGGUUUCACUCCAAUAACUUGAUCUGUAACUGCCACUUGGCCUGGCUUUCAGAUUGGCUGCGGCAACGCCGUCCUAUUGGUCAAUACGCCCAGUGCGCUGGCCCCAUUCACCUAAGAGGCCUCUACGUUGCUGAUGUUCCAAAGAAAGAGUUUACCUGCAGCGGGCCACAGUCCACCGAGACUCAGUCGUGCAAUGCCCAUGCGACAUCAUGUCCGCCAGCGUGCGUGUGCAGCAACAACAUCGUGGAUUGCCGAGGGAAAGGGCUGACCGAAAUCCCGGUCAACCUUCCGGAAAACAUCGUGGAAAUACGCUUAGAACAGAAUUUGAUCAAGACUGUGGGAGCUGGUGCCUUUAGCCAGUAUAAGAAGCUCAAACGCUUAGACCUGAGUAAGAAUCAAAUCUCAGAGAUUGCAGCAGAUGCAUUCCAAGGACUGCGGUCGCUCACCUCACUUGUCCUCUAUGGAAACAAGAUUACUGAAAUCCCCAAGGGUCUGUUUGAUGGGCUGAUAUCGAUUCAGCUGCUGUUGCUAAAUGCCAACAAGAUUAACUGUUUGCGUGUGAACACCUUCCAGGACUUGCAGAACCUCAAUCUCCUUUCAUUGUAUGACAACAAGCUCCAGACCAUCACGAAGGGGCUGUUUACACCACUCCGUUCCAUUCAAACCCUCCACUUGGCCCAGAAUCCUUUUGUGUGCGACUGCCAUCUGAGGUGGCUAGCUGACUACCUCCACAACAAUCCGAUUGAGACCAGCGGUGCCCGCUGCACCAGCCCACGCCGACUGGCCAACAAACGGAUCAACCAGAUCAAGGCCAAGAAGUUCCGAUGUUCAGGAUCGGACGACUACCGGACCAAGCUAACUGGUGACUGCUUCAUGGACAUGGUGUGCCCUGAGAAAUGUCGCUGUGAGGGCACCGUUGUGGACUGCUCCAACCAAAAGCUCACCAGGAUACCCUCUCACGUCCCAGAAUACACCACUGAACUGCGACUGAAUGACAAUGAACUGACGAUCUUGGAGGCAACAGGUAUCUUUAAGAAGCUGCCAAACCUGCGGAAAAUAAACCUGAGCAACAACAAGAUCAGAGAUAUCCGGGAGGGAACAUUCGAAGGGGCGUCAGGAGUCUUGGAAUUGUUGCUGACUGGAAAUGAACUGGAAAUGGUCCAUAGUCGAAUGUUUGCUGGUCUCUCUGGACUCAAGACACUGAUGCUGCGGAAUAACCGGAUCAGUUGUGUCAACAAUGACACUUUCACUGGCCUUAGUUCUGUCCGGUUGCUAUCACUGUAUGAUAACCGGGUCACCACCAUCACCCCUGGAGCUUUCAACACCCUCCAUUCUCUCUCCACCAUCAACCUUUUGGCCAAUCCCUUCAACUGUAACUGUCACCUGGCCUGGUUGGGGCGGUGGCUGAGGAAGAGAAGGGUUGUCAGUGGAAACCCACGCUGUCAGAAACCGUUCUUCCUCAAGGAAAUCCCGAUCCAGGAUGUGGCUGUUCAGGAUUUCACCUGUGACGUGGAUAACAACGAGAGCAGCUGCCUGCCAGGGCUGCACUGUCCUGAACUCUGCAGCUGUGUUGACACGGUGGUCAGAUGCAGUAACAAAGGAUUUCGCACCUUACCCAAAGGCAUUCCCAAAGAUGCAACUGAGCUAUAUUUGGAAGGGAAUCAGCUGACGUCAGUCCCCAAAGAGCUCUCUAACUACAAGCAUUUAUCACUCAUAGAUUUAAGCAACAACAGUAUCAGCGUGCUGAGCAAUUCUAGCUUCAGCAACAUGUCCCAGCUCUCAACACUAAUUUUGAGUUAUAACCGGCUGAGGUGCAUUCCCGUCCAUGCUUUCGAUGGUCUGAAAUCUCUGAGGUUGUUGACCCUACAUGGUAAUGACAUCUCAACCAUUCCUAACGGAGCAUUCAGUGGUCUAUCGUCACUUUCUCACCUUGCCCUUGGGGCUAAUCCUUUGUACUGUGAUUGUAACCUGCGCUGGCUAUCUGAAUGGGUGAAGACAGGCUAUAAGGAACCAGGAAUUGCUCGCUGCACAGGACCAGAGGAAAUGAACGAGAAACUCCUUCUAACAACGCCUACAAACAAGUUUCACUGCAAAGAUCCACUGAACAUUGCUAUCUUAGCCAAAUGCAACCCCUGCCUGUCCAGUCCUUGCAAAAACAAUGGGACCUGUAACAGUGACCCCACUGAGUUCUUCAGAUGUACCUGUCCCUAUGGGUUUAAGGGCCAGGAUUGUGGUGUUCCCAUCAACGCCUGCAUCAACCACGCAUGCCAAAAUGGAGGAACCUGUCGCCUCACUGAGGGGGAGAAGCAUGGAUUCAGGUGCCUUUGUCCUGCAGGUUUUGAAGGGCAGCUGUGCGAGAUAAAUCCUGACGACUGCGAGGAUAAUGACUGUGAAAAUAACGCCACUUGUGUCGAUGGAAUCAAUAACUACGCCUGCCUUUGCCCGCCUAACUACACAGGAGAACUAUGUGAAGAGGUGAUAAACUACUGUGUUCCAAGCCAUAAUCCUUGCCAGCAUGGCUCCAAAUGUAUCUCAAAGGACAGGAAGUACAGAUGUGAGUGUUUGCCUGGAUACACUGGUGAAAACUGCCAAACUGAUUAUGACGACUGUGUGGAAAAUAAGUGUCGGCACGGUGCACGAUGUGUUGAUGCUGUUAAUGGUUACACAUGUGUCUGCCCCACUGGCUUCAGUGGGUUGUUCUGUGAGAUCCAUCCACCCAUGGUCCUGCCCCGUACCAGUCCCUGCGACAAUUACGACUGCCAGAACGAGGCUCAGUGCAUUGAAGUACAUAACGAACCCAUCUGCCAGUGCCUGGCUGGCUUUGCAGGACAGAGGUGUGAGAAACUUGUCACCGUCAACUUUAUCGGGAAGGAUUCUUACGUGGUGCUGCCAGCCUCCCAGGUUCGGCCGCAGGCAAAUAUCUCACUCCAGGUUGCAACAGACAAGGACAAUGGUUUACUGCUGUACAAAGGUGACAAUGACCCUCUGGCGCUAGAACUCUACCAAGGACAUGUUCGGCUGAUAUAUGAUGCUUCAAGCUAUCCCCCUACCACUGUGUACAGUGUGGAGACAAUCAACGAUGGACAAUUCCACACCGUCGAGUUGAUGAUGAUGAACCAAUCACUGAGCCUCGUUGUGGACAAAGGAACUCCCAGGAGCUUGGGGAAGCUACACAAACAGCCGACUCUGAGCCUGAACUCCCCGCUGUAUAUUGGAGGCAUCCCCCCAGUCUCGGGGAUGGCAGCACUCCGCCAGGGACCUGACCGCAGCCUCAAUGGCUUCCACGGCUGCAUUCACGAUGUGCGUAUCAACAAUGAGCUGCAGGACUUCAGGAGCUUGGCCCAGAUGCCCCUGGGCGUCUCUCCGGGAUGCAGGUCCUGCAACGUCUGCAAACACGGCGUGUGCCACUCGCUCGACCAGUCCAGCAUCACCUGUGAUUGCCAUCCUGGGUGGACAGGGCCGCUGUGUGACCAGGAAACCCGGCACCUCUGUCCUAACGACAGGUGCGUUCAUGGAACAUGUGUAAUGUCUGAAUCCACAUACCGCUGUGUGUGCAAGGAUGGCUAUGUUGGCAAGCUCUGUGACAAAGGCCAACUGACAGACAACUGUCAGAAUCUGAAGUGCGACCAUGGCCGCUGUAAGGUAUCUGGUCAAGGGGAGCCAUAUUGUGAGUGUGAUACCAACUUUACCGGAGAAACCUGCCAAACAGAGCUCCUCUGUCAAAAGGAAAUGUUUCGCGAUGUCUAUCGUAAGCAGCAAGGCUACGCCUCAUGCCAGACCACGGUUAAAGUCCCUCGGCUGGAAUGCAAGGGAAGCUGUGCCAAUGGGGAGUGCUGUGUGCCGCUACGUAGCAAGCGACGGAAAUAUGUCUUCCAGUGCACAGACGGCUCCUCGUUUGUGGAAGACGUUGAGAGAGUUGUUGACUGCGGCUGUGGGAGUUGUUCUUUGUAGGGGCCCCGAAACAGGAAGUGGAGGCUCAACAACAGCAUGCACCUGUGACAAGUAUUGAACCCUUUAACUCUCAUAGUGGACCAAAAGAAAUGGAAAUAUAUUGUAAGAUAACAAAUAGAACCUAUUUUUAUUAUUAAAAAAAAGGACUAUUUUCUUCAGGUAUUACUAAAAUAUAUCACAUCGCCUGGGUAUGUAAACCAUACUUUGUUACCUUUGCAAGAUGUUUUGUUUUCUGUUUUAUUAACCUGACGGAGAUAUUCUGGGAAAAGCUUGCUCAAUUGGUUAAUGUGAAAGUGUUUGAAGGACCUGUUAUAUUACUGUCCAACUGACUUAAGCUUUUGAAGAAAGGAACGUCGCUGAAUACCAAUUGGCUCUUCAUUUUACUGUAGCCUCCAUCAUCCUUGCUGACCCCUGUGUUGUUGUCCAAGGGACUUUCAAGUGAUUGUCAAUACAGUGUAAUCAAUACUCUUCAGAUCCCUGCUAACUUGCUGUCUCCGAUUUAACAGCCAUAAUGCUGAUGAAGCUGUGUAACUGCCAGCAGCUUCUACCAUCCACACUUGCACAGUUAAAUGCAGAAAUCCAGGAGUUGUUGACAGUGGUUCUCUGCUCCUCCAUGGAUUGCACUGUUGAAGUUGUUACGGACCAGAAUUAUUGCUGACCAACAAAACAAAAAUCAUUGGACUGAUCAGGACCUCCAUUAUUUUUCAUGUUGUCAUUUUUAAAUGGGUUUUUUAAUGCUUUUUAAAGUUUGAAAUUAUUGCUGAACAACUUCUCUGAUCCUCAAUCACAAGUCUUUUUUUCCAUUUGUCAGUAUCACAAUUCUGUGAUGUUUGGAAAUCUGUCUCCAAUUUUAUUUCAUUCUCCAUGAAGUUAUGUGUAACAAUCACAGAGUGCUUUCACCUCUCUGACUUGAUGUCUAUGGGAAUUCUCCAAUGUGUUUGGCUAUUGGGUCGAGUUAAUUAUAUCAUUGGUGCAGGACACCUGGAGGUUGUCUUGGCCUGGUGUUAUGAACCAGACCAGACGCCCUUAAAAUAUUUUAAGAAGGUAGCCUAGACCCUAAUUUUUUUCUUAUUUUAAAGGUAAAUGUCAGGUGCUGUGUUCCAGAU